AUGAAGCUCAACCUCUUUGGACGGGGCUUCACGCUCCAGCUGGCGAUCACAGUAGCCUGCGAGAUGGCAUUUAUCCUGUUUGGUUGGCGCGACUCUGCAGACCACUUGCUUCUCCGUGCCGCAUUUGAUGAUUGGGCGGUUUGUCACGGGCAUUGGGACGGGUAUGUCUGUAAAACGAUAAAGACUGGCCUACCUGCUGUCGACAUAGAAGAAGCACUGACGGAUCUGUAUCUAGGCAUCGAGACCUCAACCGUCCCAAUGUACCAAGCCGAACUGUGCGAAGCGCACAAGCGAGGUCGACUGGUUUGCUCCGAAGCGCUGUUCGUGGGGCUAGGGAUUGUGAUCGCGUAUUUCUUCGACUAUGGCAUGAGCUUCACCGGCGCGGGAGCAUUGGCCUGGCGGCUGCCAAUCGCAUGCCAAAUGAUCUUCUCCUUUGUCGUGAUCGCUCUCGUCUUCGGCCUACCUGAAUCGCCGCGCUACCUCUACAACAAAGGCCGCAACGAAGAAGCCCUCCAGGUGCUGUGCGACGUGUACGACCGCGCGCCCGACCACCCGAAGAUCGUCAAGGAGCAGAACGACAUCCUCGAGGCGAUCCGGCUGGAGACGCAGGAAGGCGGGUAUUCGUGGGCGCGGCUCUUCCACCGCGACGAGGUCCAGACCGGCAAGCGGGUGCUGUUGGCCUAUGGGAUGCAGUUUAUGAACCAGGUUGGCGGGAUCAAUCUUGUUGUUGCUGCAGGAGAAUGUCGGGCUGCCGAGGAAUCUGUCAUUGCUGCUGGGUGGCAUUAUAUGCUCAUCUUCGGCGCGUCGGUCAACUGCAUCCCAUGGGUCUAUGUCCCUGAGAUUCUGCCCCUGCAUGCCCGAGCAAAGGGGACCGCGAUCGGAAUUUCCUCUAACUGGCUUUGGAACUUCGUCAUCGUCAUGAUCACCCCCGUCAUCAUCAACCGGCUGCAGUGGAAAGCGUACCUGAUCUUCAUGUGCACAAACCUCGCUUUCAUCCCGCUCGUCUACUUCUGCUAUCCCGAAACGGCCAACCUCACGCUUGAGGAGAUCGAUCUGCUGUACACGCAGCCCGGGGUGCCGGCCCGGAAGGUGGCGAAGCAGCUUCAAAAGGAGCGUCGGCUGCGGCAGCAACAGCAGCAGCAGGGAGACAAGGUUAUUGGCAGUGCGGGUACAGACAGCGAGCGAGAUGAGAAGGCUGCCUCUGCGGACCAUGCAGAGAAUGCAGAGCCAGCGGUGGAGAAGACGAAGACGGAGACCGUCUAG